CUCCGACUCCACCACCUAUCGUAAAACGGGAGCCAUGUUGGUCGCUAACCCUGACGUGAUUCGAUGGGGGCUCGUCGGGGCUGGGAGUGUGUGCGAGGUUAAAAGCGGUCCCGCGUUUUACAAGGCUCCAGGAAGCUCCCUCGUUGCGGUAAUGCGCCGCACAAAGAGCGCUGCGGAAGACUUCGCCAAGCGGCACGGCGUGCCCAAGUUCUACACCGAGCUGGAUGAGCUGCUGCAAGACCCCGAUGUGGACGCAGUGUACGUGGCCACCCCUCCCGGCACCCACAAGGAGCUUGCCCUCCGGGUCUGUGCCGCGGGGAAGCCGUGCUACAUGGAGAAACCUAUGGCGAGGAGCCACGCUGAGUGCCUCGACAUGACGGCCGCCUUUGAGGAAGCGAAGCUCCCGCUCUACAUCGGGUACUAUCGACGAUAUCUCCCCAAGUUCGUAUACGUCAAGUCUGUCAUAGACUCGGGCACCAUCGGGCGCGUGACAAGCGUGAGCCUCCGCCUGUCUCAGUUUCGACACAAGUUCGACGGGGAGGAGGUCCGCGCUGAUUGGAGGGUCGAUGCGACCAACGCCGGCGGCGGACUGUUCAUGGACCUCGGGUCCCACCAGCUCGACCUCUUAGACCACCUCGUCGGCCCGCUGCGGCCGCUGGGGGGCACGGCACAACGCCUCCGUCCGACCACGGGUCUGCAGGGACCCUCUUUCGCCGUGGAGGACGUGGUGUGUCUCUCCUUCUCGACGGCCUCGGGUGCCGUGGGCACCGCGUCCUGGAACUUCUGCUCCGGGGUUUGGGACGACACGAUAGAUAUCGUGGGCGAACUGGGCUCCUUGUCUUUUUCUUGCUUCAACAAUAAGCCGGUGAGGCUGGAGGUCGCGGCGAAGAAGAAGGCAGCGCCAGAAGACGGCAGCAGCAGCAGCAGCGGCAGCAGCACGGCGCCACGAGCGGUGGAGCGCCUCAAGGAGCCGGAGGUAACGAUGCACCAGGCCGAGCAGCCGGACCACGUGCACCAGCCGCUGGUGGAGGCGGUGCUGCGGGACCUCCGCCUGUGGGCGUCCCUCCCGAAGGACGAUCCCGAGAGAGCUCGCCUGGCCGCCGGCCUGCGGCAAGAGGAAGCAAGAGCUGGCGGUGGCGGCGGAGUCGAAGACGCUUGCUGCAGCAGCACCGGCAGGGCGGCCGCCCGCACCGCGCUUGUCAUGGACCGCGCGCUGGAAGGGUUUUACGGGGGCCCCGGCAGCCGGGACCAGGCUUUUUGGGAGUCUCCAGAGAAGUGGGACAAGGCACUGCUGUAGUUGAAAUUGCUGUCAGGUAGACUUGAGGUUGGGAAUCUCCCCUGAAAAAGGCCGAGGCGCUGCUGUAGUUGAAAUUGUUGGCAGAGGUUGAGUUUAGGAUUUUUGCAGCGACCGUCGCUCCACCUGGGUGCGAAGUUGAUCCAAGUUGGUGCCCUGGCAGGAGCAAGUGCUGUCGUUAGGGAGACACGGCAGGUAACUACCGUUGUUGGGUUUUCUCGUCGUGACGGAUUUUGGAGGAAAUGGUUGUUACAUGCGACGAUGUGCUAGGGCGCACGGUGGUGAAAUAGCGUUGGGUAACCGAACGAAGAGUUCAUGAUCCAGCACAAGAACUUCAGCUGGUGAUGCCGCUGCAACUUGGGGAGUGAUGGUUCCCCUCGGCACGUCAACUGUGGCUUCUAGGUGGACUGCGGUUGAAACGUUGGCUUAUCUCAUACACCAUUGAGGGGGGGUGAGGUUGUGCAGCUUCUCCAACCAACGAAGCUUUUAAAUGGGUGCAACGCGUACUGUGGGGUCGUGGGGACAAGUUGACGCGAAAACAAAGGAGGAGUGUUGAAAACGUCUCGACAACCACAAGAGAACGGCCAACGUCAUGUGUUCUCGCGCAAUCAUCCCCAAGCGAUUCGU